CUUCUACAAUCUUCAUUCGACGAGCCAAGCGGGGAAAGACGCGUCCUAUGUGAAGUAUUCUUGUAGAAAUUUCACAAGGACACGCUAACGUAAAGUCAUGCUGACUGGAUUACGAGUAUAUCCAUAAAUGAAAAUACAUCGGUAGUGAUGGAAAGCUGCUCGCGCGGUUCCGCAACCGCACAGCUUAUCACUACCUAUCGAUAGCGACGGUGCGGUGAGCGGCGGAAGGAACGACACAGUGGUGGAGGAAGCCAGGAACGACAGGAGGCGUGGUAACAACGCGCACGCUCCACGUGACCCUGUCGCUCUGGAGGCGGGACUUGGGAACAGGGCAUACAACUACAACAGCAGUGGAACGAGCCGGUGGUCAGCAACGUUCUCUCUGUCGUCGCGCGCGCGAGACACCUCGAGUUGCGCUCGUUGCACGUACAACACCUGCCGCACGAUUAGGCACGCACGGCGUUCGUUCAUCCGUGACCCGACGUUCCGGCGCGCGAGCUCUUUUGUUGAGACCGCGAGUUUUCUUUCUCUUUCUCUCUCUCUCUCUCUCUCUCUCUCUCUCUCUCUCUCUCUCUUUCUCUCUCUCUUAUAGCGGUGCUCUCCCCCGAUUCGAAAAUCUAGACAAGAUCGACGUAGCGCGACUGUUGGACACCCCCUCCUCCCCCCUCUCCACAUAUGAUGCUUGGGAAAACGAUACACGAUGACGACAAAGACAACAACAAUAACAGGUUGAUCGGUGAGUGAGCACAGAAGAGCGGACGGAAGAAUGAACUUCGCUCGGUCGCGGCGCGGGAACGUUCUCAGAAUCGGAAGCGGAAGCGGACAACCUCGUCAUGAUGUUGGUGCCACAAGAUAUCAUGGGCGGCACUUCGAAGAUGCUGUACCAGAUGAAUAAAUACUAUACCGAGCGGGUGCAGGUACGCAUGGCCCAGGUGCAGAAGACUAUACGGGAAGUGUGCAAGGUCGUGCAGGAUGUGCUGAAGGAAGUCGAGGUGCAGGAGCCGCGCUUCAUCUCGUCGUUGACCGAGUGUAACGGCCGCUACGAAGGCCUCGAGGUGAUCUCACCGGGUGAAUUCGAGGUGGUUCUCUACCUGAACCAAAUGGGAGUGUUCAACUUCGUCGACGACGGCACCCUGCCGGGGUGCGCGGUGCUGAAGCUCAGCGACGGACGCAAGAGGUCCAUGUCGCUCUGGGUGGAGUUCAUCACCGCGUCCGGCUACCUGUCGGCCCGCAAGAUACGCUCGCGGUUCCAGACUCUGGUGGCGCAGGCUUGCGACAAGUGCAACUACAGGGACUCGGUGAAGAUGAUCGCCGACACCACCGAGGUGAAGCUACGGAUACGCGAGCGCUACGUCGUGCAGAUCACGCCGGCGUUCAAGUGCUCCGGCGUGUGGCCACGAUCAGCGGCGCACUGGCCGAUACCGCACAUUCCGUGGCCGCAUCCGAAUCUCGUGGCGGAGGUGAAGACUGAGGGUUUUGACUUACUAUCGAAGGAGAGCGUGGCGCUUCAGGGCAAACAAUCGGCUAUGGAGGGCGAUGCCUGGGUGUUGUCCUUCACGGAAGCGGAAACCAGGCUGCUGCAAGGCGGCUGCCGCAGGAAAUGCCUGAGCAUUUUGAAAACCCUGCGGGACCGGCACCUCGAUCUACCCGGCAAUCCGGUGACUAGCUAUCACAUGAAGACAUUGCUACUGCACGAAUGUGAGAAGCAUCCCCUCGAGACCGAGUGGGACGAGAUAUGCUUGGCCGAUCGCAUUAACGGCAUCUUCCUGCAGCUGAUAUCCUGCCUUCAAUGUCGGCGAUGUCCGCACUACUUCCUGCCGAAUCUCGAUCUCUUCAAGGGAAAGUCGCCCAGUGGUCUGGAGAAUGCCGCGAAGCAAGUCUGGAGACUCACGAGGGAGCUGCUCACGAACAGCCGCGCUCUAGAGAAGCUCUAGCGUCUUCCUUCCCGGAAGUACCACCAUAAGACGCGCGACAAGCCGGAAAUCGCUCGAUGACAUGUAACGGAACUUUGAGAACAUUACCGUCACAUAUUACGCACUUUUCCGAUACUAUCCGCGAGCAGUAUUGCAGUCACUGCUAUUACUUAAUACACACUUGUAUCAAGGGUUUAGAGAUGAUGCAUUAUCACAAGAUGACUUCGACUUAUGUAAGCCACUUUAAGUCUUACUCGUUUUCCUUUUGGUAACAAUCACAAUUCAAUGAGCAAUAAUCAUUCUCGGAUACAAAGCCGACUUCACUCGUAACUCUUUCUUCCGAUUUGAAUAGUUGUUAAAAGUUGAAAGUUAAACUGCUCGAUGAUUAAGAAUUUUGCUGUAAUGCAAAUGGCAAUGCAUAUUGCUUGUUUAAUUAGUCCAGCUGAAAUAAAGUAUCCCGUGCAAUUCUUUAGUCCGACAAUGUGUUAUUUCGUUUCGAUUGUAUCAAAUUGCGAGUAUUGAGAUUAUAAUCGCAAUCAGAUACAGAAAAAAAUUCGAACCUCACUUAGACACACGUAAUAAUGAGAUCGCUAUGUGAAAAACGUAACAAAAUUGGUGCGAAAAACUUGCAAUUAUGAACGGCUAUAGAAAGCUAACUGUUAGAUCUAACGGUUAAAGAUAGAAGAACUUCGAUAUCAUCGCUAGAUCGUUGAAUAAAUGUUAAAGACGCGAUGUGUCUUUUGGAUAUUUUGCAACCGUCUGUACAAAACUUUUGCCAGCGAACGUUCAUAUUUGAAAUGUAUGUUUUAACGAGAUAAAUCUGUUUCUGUAUUCUAAGUUACAUUUGCAAGAGCAUUUAAAAUAUGCAAUACAUUUUAAUUAACUAUUACCUGUUUAUCUACACGAAAAGUCAUGUGAUUUGUU